GGUAAAAUUGUAAUUUUUAAAUAUUGUGAAGAGUUAUCAAUCUUGAAUUAAAUAUACACAAUUUUGCUUGUUGUAUGUAUAGAAACUAGAAAGAGCUACAUCAUGAUUAUUCAUUUUUAUUACAAAUGUAAUUAAAUUGGAUAAGUUGAUCACCAUAUGUAUUAGUAUAAAACAAAUGAUAAGUUAGUGCGUCCCUCUCUUGUGGGCUAUUGUAGUUUUCUCAGUUCAGUUGAAGAGCCCAUUGGGCUUUACGUAGUUUGUCGUUUUAUUGUCCGAUUGCUUUUCCGGUCUGAAUGACUCUUUCCGUUGUUUGGUUUGUCUUUAAUGAGUGAUGGAGCUUGAAAAGGAAAAGAAAGAUCCAAAGGAGGCGAAAAGUAAUGGGAAGAUGAAGAGUGCGGCUUCGAUUCCGGAUAACUACGUAUCCAUUCUUCAGCUCCAGGAGCGCUGGAUGAAAGAUAAAGAGCGGAAACAGAAGGAAAGAGAGAUUGUACAGAGAGGAGUGAAGCAGCAGGUGAAUGCCGUAGAGGAACCAAGGGUGAAGCUCGAGGAAAUGGGAUUAGGCGCUGAGAAAGAGGGAAUUGAGGUCUCUGCAAACGAAGAUGGAGGAGAUUCGAGGAAGAAGAAAUGGUCUAAGAAGAAGGUGAAUAAGAAGAAUCAAGGUGGGCCUGUGGAGGCGGUUGUAAAGUGUGGAUCGAACAACAAUCCGGUGAAAGAGGAAACUCAGGGAGAAAAAGUAGUUCAGAACAGAGAGAAUGCUGCUUGUAACUCGAUCGGUGUGGAAACUCAGUUUAAGCAGCGAGUAGAAGAGGGAGGAAGAGAUAGAAAUGUCAACGGAGCUGUGAGAUUGAACAGCGGAAAAGGUUAUUACAGAAACCAGAAACAUGAUUGGUCGUCUACACGUGUAAUUAAGGCAACAAAGACUAUGGUGUGGGUGAAGAAAGGGGGAGAAUGAUGCAACUGGUGGUGGUGGGAAUGGCGUCUGAAAGCAUUAGGUCCAAAGUCUAGUGUUUGAUUCAUGUUUGGAUUGUUGCAUUGUAGUGGUCUGUAUAUAAUCUUAGAGCAUCUUUAAUGGUUCCCUUUAAUUGAUCACAUCUGUAAGUACUAGUCUAUGUGACUACCGCUGAAUCUGAGACCAACUAUUGAAAGACACUUUUUGUUAAGCCUGCCA